UACACAGAAGUGGUUUAGGAACAAUUUUCCUUUCGAGUUUAAAAUCAGUCUCUCAGAGCAACAUUUUGAUUUAAAGAUUACGAGUCUAACAUGCUGAUGAGUCAGAGAAACCGAGCACAGUGCCGGGAGUUCACCGGACCAACACCUCAUUCAGUGGCAGUGAGGGCACGAUAUCCAUCAUCCAGACCCCCUGAUUACCUUAUCUUGGAGCGGAGGAAACAGGAGACCAUGCGGGACAAGGUGCUGGAGUUUACCAAAGACCAAAGUGCCUGUGACCUGAGAAUGCGCUGGGAAAGAAACACUGAACGGCGGAUGGUGUCGGCCACUAUAGAGAGGCGUGUCCAGGAGGCCAUGGGACAGUAUCAGAUGAGCAUUGAUGAAAGGAGAGAAAGGCUACGUGAGAUGCUGGAAUCUGAGGAGAGAGAAUUUCUGAGAGAGCAAGAAGAAAAGAAAGAGACAGUGCUUGAGAGGCAAACUAAAAUGAGAGAGAGAGCAAAGUAUCUGCAGGAGAAAAGGGAGAGCGAGAGACAGAAACUUGUUGCUGAUAAGCUCGAUCAGCUGUUCAGAGAACAGUGUGAGGAGCUGCGGGCUGCUCAGACACAUCGCAGACAGGAUGAGGUCUGCAGGGAGCGAGCUGCACAGAUCCGUUCACGGGAGGAAGAGCGCCGGCUGCAUCAGGGUGAAGAAAUGCUCUUUGCCCAGCUGUGGGAGAGUGACCGGCUAGCCAAAGAGGAGCGUGAGAACCAGCAGGCCCAGCGUCAGCGAGAAAGCAACUUUCAGACGCUGGCUUUCCUGCAGGCUCAGAUGGAGGCUGCAGAGCAGCAGAGACUGCAGGCCAAACAGCUCAAAGAAGAAGAGGCCCAGUUACUGCGAGAACAGAGGGAGAUGCUGCGUCUGGAGGAACAGCGGGGGCACAUGCAGAAGCUCCAGAGCCAGCAAAGCCGGCGCAGGCAGCUGGAUCUCUCCCUGCGGCUAAAGAUGAAACGAGUGGCGCAGGAGCAGCAGGAUGAGCUGGCGUUGGAUAUGAGCAUUCUGGAGCAGUUGCUGACACACGAGAGGGAUGAGAAAAAGGAAGAAGCUCUCAGAAAGCUGGAACUACGUGAGGAGCAGCAGAAGUAUCGUCAGUACCUGGCCGAGCAGCUGAAGGAGCAGAGACGUCAGGAGGCAGAGACAGAGAAGCUGAUCGAAGCGGAGCUCCAGCAAACCUGGAGCCGCAGAGUGCAACAAUGGCGUCUGGAAAAAGAAGCCAGAGAUCGGCUCAUGAAAGAUGUACUGGACAUUCGCCGCUUACAAAUCCAGGAAAAAUUGGAGCGUAAUGCUGAGAAACAGGCUGAACUUGCUGAGGAGAGAGAGGAGCUGAAUAGAGUCAUCCAGGAAAACAAGCUGUUGGAUGAACAGGAAAAAACUUGUCUCAGGGAAGCCUGUCAGGAAUACCAGGCUGAUCUGCUGGCUCAGAUGUUGCACCAGCAGCAGCUACGUGAAGCGGAGAAGGCUGAAAAAGAGCAGGAGUUCCAGAGGGGCUUGAUCUACCAGGAGAAGUACAAUCAGAAGAUACAGGACAUCCUGUCCAGGCCUGUCUCCAACACUACAGCAGUUCACCCCUUCAGGAGAAGAGAUCGACCCACCUCCAGCUAAACCUGGCAUAAGCUAAUUGCCUAACAAUGCUAACAGUACAUGAUUAGAACUCAAUACUCAAAUGCCCCUAUGAAAAAAAAAGAAAUUAAAUAAAGUAUACUUGGUCA